AUAAAUUAAUAAUAAUGUUUUUGUGCUUGUAAACACCUUGACGUGUGUUAAGUGAGUGCCUCUUCAAAAGUGAAAACAUCGUCUUUAUUUAAAGGCGACGCGCUCUACGAAUAUGGCCGCUUCUCGACAGCAUCUAUGUGGCUUAGCUUUCACGUCAAUCUGCUGUAUUUUAUUUGGCGGCGCGAUAGCUGCUUGCGGACUUUUAUUCCAGUUUCACGAUGAUUACAACGACGAAAAUACAAACGGUAUGAAAGAUUAUUACUAUUACUACACUCAGUACUGGCUUGGAGCUCCGUUGAUUGUUCUCGGAGUUGUAAUUCUUCUGUUCCUCUGUUCAAAAGUCAAACAACUGUUGUACGUGUGUGUUUUUAUGUCUUCUCUGACUCUCACGCUGGCUAUAACUGCAGUUGUCCUCGAAGGACCGAAAUGGGGAGUGUGGCUACAAUUGCAACAAAGAGUUGAUGAUCAUGAGACUGAAGAUGUUAAUGGCGUUUGCACCUUAAAAGAUUCAACAUUCCCAGUAGCAGUGCCAGUACGUAGUCCCUUAUCAUGUCAAGAGAUUCUCUUUGCAACCUUGAUGCAAAGCAUCGUUGUUGGUUGUUCGAUUCUAUCAAUUGUAGUCAGCCAAUUUGUGGUGUUCAUCUCCAUUCGGGCUAUCAGCCGUAUGGCGCAGGAAUCCUAUAAAUUUUCAAAGAAUCAGCAUGGUGGCCCCGGGCAGUAUGAAAACAAUUCAAGUAUGAAUAUCAUGUCGUCACAGAUGUAGUCCACUACUUUUUUCGUGUAAAUCUGCAUGGGUUCAUCAGCGGAACAUGAAUUAUCAUUAAUUUCAUUUCCUCCAUCCGUAGAUUACGUUUAGUUAUAAUUCAUAUUUACUAACGAACUUAACCAGUCAUGAGCCAUUGGCUUUGGCAACGUCUUGAGACGAGUCAUGGACCAUGGUUAAUUCUUUUCUCACUUUUGUGCCUUGAAAACUCCUCUUUAGCAGGUCUAAUGGAAAAGGUAGAAUAAGUAAUAAGCGCCAGUGGAUAGAACCUCAGGACUGGAAGGUGACUUUCAAGCAUUUAUCAUAAAAGCGAGACAAGGAUUGGCAAUUCCGUUGCUUCUCAGAAAAGAAUGAAAACAAUUUCGAAAGACAAGGCAGUAUGGUAGUCCAUAUGCGCUGGUUAAUUCAAAGGACAAGACGAAGCGAGUUAUCAAUCAUUUGAUGAUCGCCAAACGGUGCAUAAAUUUCCACGAACGAGAAGAGAAACAUCGACCAAUGAGUUGCGUGUGUUUGUCUAGCUUCUAGGAUCUAUGAUUUAGGGGGGAAUAAUGAUAUUUAUAUUUGUAGAAUUUAGAGAGAACUAUAUAUCAUGCCUGGCUAAGAUUCGUGGUAGGGAUUUGAAUAAUACAUUAGAAAGUGGUUUACAAAAACGAGUUAAAUAUACAUUAAUUUUAUGUGAAGUCAACUAUUCAAUUAAAAAGCAUAUUUCUCGU